AUGAGCAAUGGAGCAAAAUGUGGCAAGGAACUCUCACCUGGACCUGCAGCGAAACAACGGCCUACCUCUACACCACUUAAUCCGCGACGUGCCAACCUGCUGGCAUUCGACAUUGUAUUUGCUCGAACAUCUGUACAAGCUGCGGAUAACCGGAAAGCAGACAAUAACAAAACAGAGGAACCUCUUGACGUCUUCUCCAAGAUUCUUAAAGUGAACACAGGAAUGGAAAAUAACACACACCCAAUAGUCCAUGGUGAUAUAAUUAAAAGGAUGGGUCGUUAUGCCACAAACUGUGAUACCUGUCUGUGGCCGAAAUCUGCCGAUGGAACUGUCCAAGUGCCAUAUACCUUAUCUCCAAAAUACAGUGCUGACGAUAAUAACCUUUUCAUGACUGCAAUGCAAGAAUUUGAAUCUUUGACCUGUGUGCGCUUUGUAAACAGGACACAAGAAGUAAAUUUCCUGAACAUUUCCUCAUCUGAUGGUUGUUCAUCCUAUGUUGGACAAAAUGGAGGAUCUCAACCUGUAUUUUUAUCCCCUGGUUGUAUAUACCGAGGAAUCAUACAACAUGAGUUAAACCACGCCUUGGGAUUUCUACACGAAAAUAGCCGAUCUGAUCGUAACAAAUACAUCACCGUAAAUUACCAAAACGUCAUUCCAGGGAAAGAGAUCAAUUUCAAUAUACAGGACGGCACUACCUUAGGUCUCCCAUAUGAUUAUACCUCGGUGAUGCAUUACGGAAAGUUUGCUUUCACAAUUAAUUCAAGUCUACCCACCAUCACGCCCAUUCCUGACCCAAAUGUGUCCAUUGGACAAAUUGAUGGCCUUAGUGUCCUGGACGUGGCAAAAAUCAACAAACGCUACAACUGCAAUGUAUCCAGCAGGCUGCUUAAUACACCAGAAGGAGAUUUCUCCUCUACUAACUAUCCAUCCAAUUAUCCGGACAACAUGAACUAUGUAUUUUUGAUAAGAACCCCUGAUGGACAAGUUGCCUUGACAUUCAAUGACUUUGAUCUUCAGAUCUCUCCUAAUUGUACCUCAGACCAUAUUAGGAUUUAUGAUGGACCUAGUAGGAGAGCUCCGAUCCUGCUGAACAACACUUGUGGCACCUCACAAAUUCCUACAGUAAUUGGUUCCACGAACCAGAUGCUGAUGGAAUUUGUUAGUGAUGCAGCAAUUUCAUCAAGGGGAUUCAGUGCUUCAUAUAACACAGGUGAGGAACAAGGAAAUGGAGUUUACAGUCAAGGCAACCUGAAUGGCAACAUUGGAAGAAAUUUUUAUUCAGAAGACAAUGAUGACUUGUAUGAUUGA